ACGGUCAACGAGCAAGAGGAAAGGAAGAGGAGUUUCACAGAGAGUGAGGGAGGCUAUGAAAGAUCAUGGGAAAAAGCAGGAGAGAGAUAGGGGCUGUGUUUGAGGUAGGAAGAUGCUGUUGCCAGGGAACAAGGCUGAAAUAGAAGAAACCAUCUCUUACAGUUCAGAGGCGGAUGAAAGGUCAGUUAAUGAUGGAUACAAAAUGGACUGAACUGCAGGAAAAGGGAUCCUGACUACGGACAGCCUUACAGAAUCAAAGAAAAAGGUAGGCAGCUGGGAUUACAUAACCAUCAGAACACUGCUCCCAUACGGCUGACAUCAUCCGAAAGGAUUAGAGCCCGGGGGUUUUAGCGUUAGUGGGUGGAGGAGGAUGAGGAGGAGACAGAGGCAUUCAGCAGAGACGCAAAUAGCGGGAAAAGAGAAAACAGAGGGAUCGGCACAAGAGUUAGCAUCAUCUUCUGUCCAGCAUAAGACAAGACUGGACCCCACUGGCAGCAUCAGUAAGCAACAGGAACUGUUCAGCUUCCCUAAAAACAGGAGAGCACCACCUGAACAGGUAAACAGUGAUGACCCCCGGUCAGCAGCUUUAAGGAGGGGCAAGUGAAGAAAGGGAGAGUCGGCCGAGAACUACAUCAUUAUAUAAUUGAGCUGAAGCCCAUCCUCCCUGCCAGAGGAUGGGUACAGCAGAAGCCACUUUACGCAUGGACAGUAUGGAGGUCAAGGACGAGUGGCAGGACGAGGACUUCCCCAGGCCACUGCCAGAGGAUGGAGACUCAUGUGGCCUCACUGACAACAGAAGCAAUCCUCCCACCAGUCUGAAUGUUGGGGAAUCCAUGAACCAGAGAAAGCGCCGUACACUGGUAGCCCCCGACAUGAACCUGUCCCUGGAUCAGAGCGAGGGUUCUGUCCUCUCUGAUGACUUCCUGGAAACGCCUGACGACCUGGACAUCAAUGUUGAUGACAUUGAGACUCCAGAUGAAACCGACUCACUUGAGUUCCUGAACAAUGGCAACGAGCUGGAGUGGGAAGAUGACACUCCUGUGGCCACAGCCAAACGUCUUCCAGGUGAAAGUGAGGAGGAAAAAGACUCCUCUGGUCGUCUGUGGCGAACGGUGAUAAUCGGCGAUCAGGAGCAACGGAUUGACAUGCAGAUCAUCAGAUCUUAUCUGCGGGUGGUCACUCAUGGAGGAUAUUAUGGUGAAGGCCUGAACGCCAUCAUUGUGUUUGCAGCCUGCUACCUCCCUGAUAGCAGCUGUGAUGACUACACAUACAUCAUGGAGAAUCUGUUUCUGUACGUUGUUAGCAGCCUGGAGCUGCUGGUGGCUGAAGAUUAUAUGAUCGUUUACCUGAAUGGAGCAACUCCUCGCAGGAAGAUGCCGGGAAUCAGCUGGCUGAAGAGAUGCUACCAGAUGAUUGACAGAAAACUGAGAAAAAACCUCAAGUGUCUGAUCAUUGCACAUCCAACAUGGUUCAUCAGAACUGUCCUGGCUAUCUCAAGACCAUUCAUCAGUGUGAAGUUCAUGGAUAAGAUUCGAUACAUUCACACCCUGGAAGAGCUCAGCCACAUCAUCCCCAUGGAGCAUGUGCAGAUUCCUGACUGUGUGCUGCAGUAUGACCAAGAGAAGAUAAAAGCACAAACGUUGAGACAGGAUCAAGAGCAGCAGGAGACCAAGUCCAGUCUUCCUAAAGAAAGGCCAAAGUCAAUGUUAGCAGAUGUUGGUCUGUCAUUAAGAAGUUUGAGUUGAAGAUCUGCUGAGGAAUGUUGAUUCAGUAAACUGGGAACCAGGAUCACCAGCUUCUUUCACAGAACUAAACCCCCAGAACGGACCCAUUAGCUGCAGGACAAUCACUCCUCAGUGUUUCUCCUGUUAUUCAUUUCUGCCUGUUCAGAAUCUGUUUACAACAAGAUGUUACAGAACAAAAUUUAAACUGUGCUUCCUGCAUGUAAAACUGAGCUGUACUAUGAAGCAUGGCAACUAAUUUGAACUAAAAAUGCUACUCCUCUUCUUGCAGACUUUCAGUCAACCUAUAUAUAUAUUAAUGUAAGGUGUUGGCACAUGAAUGGGUUUUGUUAGAUUUAACAAAUAUGCUUAUUGAAAACUGAUGUGCAAUGACGUUCUUCUUCUGAAACAUGUUCUAGAUGUUACUGAUGCAAAAAUACUGUACAGUUGUCAGGUUAACCAGCGUUAAAUAUGCAGAUGGCAUGCUUGUUUGUAUCCUUUCCUUCUUUGGUACAUGUAUGUCUUGUUUUUAAAUUCUAAAAAUACGAAAUACUUUUUCAAGAUCGAAAGACUGAAUUGUUACAGAUAAAAUAAUAUAUAUUUAAAGAGAGAGAGUCUGAAUAAUUGCUUUAAGUGUUAUCUAUGAAAAUGUGCCAUUUAAUGUUUUUAAAGAAAAAAAUAAAAUAAAAGAGCCAAGUGGAAUAACCCGUGUCAUGAAUGUUAACCUUCAGUGCUCAGUUGGAACUCUUUCAACAAAGUACAUAAUAGUUAGUAUUUUUAUCUUUUUAUUGUCAUUUACUCAGCCUUGAACCUCUCUGACAGGUGAGUUAUUAAGCGAUGUAAUUAUGAUCUAUGAGUCCUUAUGUAUCAGCUGACUGUCCUUUAAAAGGUCUCAUCUGUUCUGCAUUCCCUUGAAGUGAUCCUGAUCAUGUAUGCUACACACACGAACACACACACACAUCCACACACACACACACACACACACACACACACAGAUAGAUAUAUAAAUGUAUAUAUAUAUAUAUAUAUAUAUCAAAAACAAUUGAUUGCACAAGUUUGAGUCCAUUGUGUAUUUUCUCAAAUCCUCACAAGGUCAAAAUUAUGCACGCAGGUCUACUACUUGAAUGUCCCUUGGCAAGUAGUAAUGAAACCCCACAUUUUUGUUGCCAUGAUCAACAUCCUGGCAUAAUUCUGCCUUGAUAUUCAACCACUCUUCUUAUCAUGACUGGUAGAGAUCAUGUAAAUAAUUGGGUUUCCUGAUAUGGACCCAGCAUCUUAGUAUUCUCCAUGACAUUUCAGCAAGGCUAAGGUCAGGGGCUUUCCAGAAGAAAAUCAACCACUUUAAACGAGAUACUGAAGUGAAGAGAAGUCACAUUUUCAGCCAGAAUUGUUCCAUGAGCUUUAUUUAUGACUAGAGAAGAUGUGUGGUUUCUCUAACAUUCUGGCUACAAUACGAUAGAUAAGAGAAAAUCUGCAAUAAGUUUAAACUUGCAUCAAUAUCUAUGUUUUUAUUACAAAUGUGUGUUGUAACAUCAGUUCACCUCACAAUAAAAGCACAAAAUGAACAUGAUGUUCACUCACAUGACGAGUAUGUAGAUUUUUGACUGUUACUGUAUAUUGAGCAUAAAUGUUGUUAUUGCACUCCAAUACUUCAAUAAAACCUAAGAGGUU